CUCGGUCUCGUCACCGACAAGGCUUGCCGUUGAGGGCCUAUAAAUUGGACCAAACCCCCAUCGAGCUCCUCACAAUUUCUUCAACAAGCCUCUUCAAAUUUUCUCUUCUUCAAUCGCCCGAUCUCUCGCUGUUUAUCCCGAUCCCUCUUUCAAGAUGCAAAUCUUCGUGAAAACUCUUACUGGCAAGACUAUCACCCUUGAGGUUGAGAGUUCAGACACAAUCGACAAUGUAAAGGCCAAGAUCCAAGACAAGGAGGGGAUUCCCCCAGACCAGCAAAGGCUCAUCUUUGCUGGCAAGCAGCUCGAGGAUGGGCGCACCUUGGCUGAUUACAACAUCCAGAAGGAAUCGACCCUGCACUUGGUUCUUCGCCUCAGGGGUGGCAUGCAGAUCUUUGUGAAGACCCUUACUGGCAAGACCAUUACUCUCGAGGUUGAAAGCUCAGACACGGUUGACAAUGUAAAGGCCAAGAUUCAAGACAAGGAGGGAAUCCCCCCAGACCAGCAGAGGCUCAUCUUUGCCGGCAAGCAGCUCGAGGAUGGACGCACCUUGGCUGAUUAUAACAUCCAGAAGGAAUCGACCCUGCACUUGGUGCUUCGUCUGAGAGGUGGCAUGCAAAUCUUUGUGAAGACCCUCACCGGCAAGACCAUCACCCUCGAGGUUGAAAGCUCAGACACAAUUGACAAUGUUAAGGCCAAGAUUCAGGAUAAGGAAUGAAUCCCCCCGGACCAGCAGAGGCUCAUCUUUGCUGGGAAGCAGCUCGAGGAUGGACGCACCUUGGCUGAUUAUAACAUCCAGAAGGAGUCCACACUCCAUUUGGUGCUUCGUCUGAGAGGUGGCAUGCAGAUCUUUGUGAAGACCCUCACUGGCAAGACCAUUACUCUUGAGGUGGAGAGUUCAGACACCGUCGACAACGUGAAGGCGAAGAUCCAGGAUAAGGAGGGCAUCCCGCCGGACCAGCAGAGGCUGAUCUUCGCUGGGAAGCAACUCGAAGACGGGAGGACUCUGGCUGACUAUAACAUUCAGAAAGAGUCGACCCUGCACUUGGUCCUCCGUCUCCGCGGUGGUUUCUGAAUGCAAAUCUUCGUGAAAACUCUCACUGGCAAGACCAUCACCCUUGAGGUGGAGAGUUCAGACACAAUUGACAAUGUAAAGGCCAAGAUCCAAGAUAAGGAAGGAAUUCCCCCAGACCAGCAAAGGCUCAUCUUUGCUGGCAAGCAGCUUGAGGAUGGGCGCACCCUGGCUGAUUACAACAUCCAGAAGGAGUCGACCCUGCACUUGGUUCUUCGCCUUAGGGGUGGCAUGCAGAUCUUUGUGAAGACCCUCACUGGCAAGACCAUUACACUUGAGGUUGAAAGCUCAGACACAAUUGACAAUGUUAAAGCCAAGAUUCAAGACAAGGAGGGAAUCCCCCCAGACCAGCAGAGGCUCAUCUUUGCUGGGAAGCAGCUUGAGGAUGGACGCACUUUGGCUGAUUAUAACAUCCAGAAGGAAUCCACACUCCACUUGGUGCUUCGGCUGAGAGGUGGGAUGCAGAUCUUUGUGAAGACCCUCACUGGCAAGACCAUUACUCUUGAGGUCGAGAGUUCUGAUACCAUUGACAAUGUGAAGGCCAAAAUCCAGGACAAAGAAGGGAUCCCCCCAGACCAGCAGCGGUUGAUCUUUGCUGGCAAGCAACUCGAGGAUGGCCGGACGCUUGCAGACUACAACAUCCAAAAGGAAUCCACCCUUCACUUGGUUCUCCGUCUGAGAGGAGGAAUGCAAAUCUUUGUCAAGACUCUUACUGGGAAAACAAUCACUUUGGAAGUCGAGAGCUCUGACACCAUCGAUAAUGUCAAAGCGAAAAUUCAGGACAAGGAAGGCAUUCCCCCAGAUCAGCAGAGGCUUAUUUUUGCUGGGAAGCAGCUAGAAGAUGGCAGGACUCUGGCAGAUUAUAACAUCCAGAAAGAAUCGACUCUUCACUUGGUUCUGCGUCUUAGGGGAGGCAUGCAGAUUUUUGUAAAGACCCUUACUGGCAAGACUAUCACCUUGGAGGUGGAGAGCUCUGACACGAUCGAUAAUGUCAAAGCAAAGAUACAGGACAAGGAAGGAAUUCCGCCAGACCAACAGCGGUUGAUUUUCGCAGGGAAGCAACUCGAGGAUGGCAGGACACUGGCUGAUUACAACAUUCAAAAGGAGUCGACCCUCCAUCUUGUCCUUCGUCUGCGUGGUGGGAUGCAGAUCUUUGUCAAGACUCUGACCGGAAAGACCAUCACUUUGGAGGUGGAGAGUUCAGACACCAUUGAUAACGUGAAGGCGAAGAUCCAGGAUAAGGAGGGCAUCCCGCCGGACCAGCAGAGGCUGAUUUUCGCCGGGAAGCAACUUGAAGACGGGAGGACUCUGGCUGACUAUAACAUCCAGAAAGAGUCGACCCUGCAUCUGGUCCUCCGUCUCCGUGGUGGUUUCUGAGUUUUCAUGCAAGCAAAGGGUUUUUCAUAAAGUCUUGAGUAUUUCUUGUCUAUUAGGUUGGUUUGCUAUUUUAAAGUUAUGAUGUCUUUGAAUGGAUUGCUUUGGAAUAUAAUUUGACUCUUUAGUGCGAUGACCUAUUUA